AAUUCUGGAAGCUAUGGACAUACUCUUCAGAAUACGAGGAGGCUUGGAUCUGGCAUUCCAACUUGCAACUACUGAUGAGGCAUCAACAAAAGAGGCAUUAAAGUAUAUUUUCAGUGAUCUUGCAAACAAACUGUCUUCAGAUGUUCUCGUAUUACGGAUUUGCCACAGCUCCGUCUACGUGUGGCCAAACAACGGCAUGAACACUGUGCCAUCAGAACUGACUGAUGCCUCUGCUUGUAAGGAGAUAAUACGAUUUAUACAAUAUGAUCAUGAUGAUGAGACCAGACGAAAGCUUGGCAAAAAGAAGGAUAAAAAGUUACAAGAUACGCAACAGAUAGUCAAUAUAGACCUGAUGUUAGAGAUGACAUCUUCAUUAGCUCCUUUGGCUCCAGUCAUUGAACGGGAAAGCAAAGAACACCACUAUGUUAAUAUGACCUUACCAGUUGAUGUUGUUGUAUCGAUUUCUCCAGAAGAAACUUGGGGAAAUGUACGGAAUCUCCUGGUGAAUGCAAUUCACAGGCAAUUAACUGACAUGGAAAGAUGUAUCAUGAAAUACAGGAAGGGAACAUCAAUUGUGGUACCAGAACAAUUUCAUUUCAUGUUACCAGGAAAAAAUCACCUUGUAACAAUCUCAUAUCCUACAGGUAUUUCAGAUGAUCAACUGGAAAGUUACAGAAAGGAAUUACAUGGGUUGUUCAAUCUGCCAUGCGACAGACCAUAUUUCAAGAGAGCGAAUGCUUAUCAUUUUCCAGAUGAGCCAUAUAAAGAUGGAUAUCUCAGAAAUCCACAUGUACACCUUAAUCCCCCUGGUACAGACUCUGGUGUGGUUUAUUUAGUACAUGGCAUAUACAGUUACCAUCACUAUAUGCAGGAUCGCAUUGAUGACAGCGGGUGGGGCUGUGCCUAUCGCUCUUUGCAGACUAUCUGCUCUUGGUUCAAGCACCAAGGUUACAUGGAUGCAGCUAUACCAACACACAAGGAAAUUCAACAGGCACUGGUUGAUGCUGGAGACAAACCAGCAGCAUUUGUUGGCUCACGGCAAUGGAUUGGCUCUAUUGAGGUACAGCUCGUUUUGAACCAACUUUUUGGAAUAACAUCAAAAAUACUGUUUGUCAGCCAGGGUUCUGAACUAGCUUUGCAGGGAAGAGAACUUGCUAACCAUUUCAGUACAGAAGGAACUCCAGUUAUGAUUGGUGGAGGUGUUUUGGCUCACACAAUAUUAGGAGUGGCUUGGAAUGAGAUUACAGGGCACAUAAAAUACUUGAUUUUAGAUCCACAUUACACUGGAGGAGAAGAUCUGCAUGUUAUUUUGGAAAAGGGUUGGUGUGGAUGGAAGGGCCCAGAGUUUUGGAACAAGGAUGCUUAUUAUAACCUGUGUCUACCACAGCGACCAAAAACUAUUUAAAUUCUAAUCUUAUGCUGAAACAUGCUGAACCAGAAUACUAGCUGAUCAGGAUAUAACUGUCUUGUUAUUUAUGUUGUAUACAGAAGAUUUGGAUAAAGCUUUA